GUUAGACUGAACAGCUAGCUCCAGCCUGUCUUUGCUCCUUGUUUGGGAAGCAAGUGGGAGGGGAGCAGACCAAGGGGCUAUAUAACCCUUCACUGUUCAGCUUCCCUGGAUACCACCCACCCAGAGUAGAGAAGCCCAGCCAGGCACCAUCAGGAACCCAGGGAAGCUGCUCCAGCUAUGUGUGAAGAAGAGGACAGCACUGCCCUGGUGUGUGACAAUGGCUCUGGGCUCUGUAAGGCCGGCUUUGCUGGUGAUGAUGCUCCCAGGGCUGUUUUCCCAUCCAUUGUGGGACGUCCCAGACAUCAGGGAGUGAUGGUGGGAAUGGGACAAAAAGACAGCUAUGUGGGAGACGAAGCACAGAGCAAAAGAGGAAUCCUGACCUUGAAGUACCCAAUAGAGCACGGCAUCAUCACCAACUGGGAUGACAUGGAAAAGAUCUGGCACCACUCCUUCUACAAUGAGCUUCGCGUUGCCCCUGAAGAGCAUCCGACCCUGCUCACGGAGGCUCCCCUCAACCCCAAGGCCAAUCGGGAGAAAAUGACCCAGAUUAUGUUUGAGACCUUCAAUGUCCCAGCCAUGUAUGUGGCUAUUCAGGCUGUGCUGUCCCUGUAUGCCUCUGGACGUACAACUGGUAUUGUGCUGGACUCAGGAGAUGGUGUAACACACAAUGUACCCAUAUAUGAGGGCUAUGCUCUGCCCCAUGCCAUCAUGCGUCUGGACUUGGCUGGCAGAGAUCUCACCGACUACCUCAUGAAGAUCCUGACUGAGCGUGGCUACUCCUUUGUGACUACUGCUGAGCGUGAGAUUGUCCGUGACAUCAAGGAGAAGCUCUGCUAUGUAGCUCUGGAUUUUGAAAAUGAGAUGGCCACUGCUGCCUCCUCCUCAUCCCUGGAGAAGAGCUACGAGCUGCCUGAUGGGCAGGUGAUCACCAUUGGGAAUGAACGCUUCCGCUGCCCAGAGACCCUCUUCCAGCCAUCUUUCAUUGGCAUGGAGUCAGCUGGCAUCCAUGAAACCACCUAUAACAGCAUCAUGAAGUGUGACAUUGACAUCAGGAAGGACCUCUAUGCUAACAACGUCCUCUCAGGGGGCACCACCAUGUAUCCAGGAAUUGCUGACAGGAUGCAGAAGGAAAUUACAGCCCUCGCACCCAGCACCAUGAAGAUCAAGAUAAUUGCCCCGCCGGAGCGCAAGUACUCUGUCUGGAUUGGCGGCUCCAUCCUGGCCUCUCUGUCUACCUUCCAGCAGAUGUGGAUCAGCAAACAGGAGUACGAUGAAGCUGGCCCCUCCAUUGUCCACCGCAAAUGUUUCUAAGUCACCUUCCUGCUCUCUGUCUCUAGCACACAACUGUGAAUGUUUUGUGGAUCAGUGCCUUCAGUACCUUUCCAAGCCAUUCCUAGCUAAAGCUCUGACUCGUUGCUCAUGUUUUUUAAAAAAUAAAUCUGACAUAUGCUACCGGUAA